AUGGAGGUACGAAGAGGCACAAGGGCUGUUUUCCAAAAUGACCCCUUGCCCUACAUCAUGGAACAGACUGUCCCCUCCCUGCCACUGCUGAAUCCUCCUCUCACCUCUCCCUCCAGCAUACUGCUGUGCUUUGCAGCUCCUGGCUGCCUUGCUCCAGCAUCAUGCACAGAUGGUGUAGGGGCUGGGCAUGUGCUUUUGGGGUAUCCAGAGGCUUUGCCAAGUGCUGUCACUCAGGAUGUGCUAAGGCACAUUUGGCUGCCACUGGUUCAAAUCCCAUCAUUUGAGUACCUGGUCCCUGCCUUGGUGCUGAGCUCCCACUUGUCCCCUGGAGUCAGUGAAGAUGGGAAUGGCAUGGCUAUGGCCACCAUGUGCCCUGAACCACAUUGCACCAUCAUGGAGAGCAGAACCACCUCACUGCGAGAGGUGUCUGGGGCUGUGCUGAUCUCCGGGCUGGUCCAGCUGGUGCUGGGAGCCGUGGGUGUGUGUGGCUGGGCAGUGCAGCGUUGUGGGCCCAUGGUCCUAGCCCCCAGCCUCUCUAUCAUCGGGCUGUCUGCCUACAAGGAGGCUGCUUUCUUCUGCUCUGCCAACUGGGGUGUAGCGCUGCUGCUCAUGCUCCUCACCAUCACCUUCUCCCAGCACCUGGGAUCCUGCCGCCUGCCCUUCUGUGUCUGGCCCUAUGCCCCAGGGGUCUCCAUGGAGUCGUCUGUCCCCACCUUGCGCACUCUCUCGGUUCUCCUCCCAUUUGCUGUUGUCUGCACCAUCUGUUCUAUCGUCCACCACUUCCACGUCUCCUGGGACUUGCCAGACCUGGCGACAGCACAGCUUUCCUGGGUCAACAGCACCCUUCACACCCCAUGGCUUCAGCUGCCUUAUGCAGGUGAGUGGCCGCUACUCACCCCCCGGGCGCUGGCAGUGGGCAUCGCUAUGGCCUUCGGCUGCAGCAUUAACUCUGUGGGCUGCUACGUGCUCUGUGGGAGGCUGCUGCAAGCCCCCCAGCUGCCCCCACACACCUGCAAUCGAGGGCUGUGCAUCGAGGGGCUGGGCAGCCUGCUGGCAGGGCUGCUGGGUUCUGCAGGGGGCACGGCUGCCAGCAUCGCCAAUGCCUGUGCCGGUGGCCUCACGCAGGAUGGCUCUCGCCUCUCGGUGCAACUCAACGCGUUGGUGUGUGUGAUGCUGGGCAUGUCCCCAAGGCUGGUGGGGCUCCUCGCUCACAUCCCUCUGGCAGUUCAUGGUGGUAUGCUCUGCGUCACCUAUGCUGUGGCCGUGGGCACGGGGAUCUCGUACUUUCAGUACGCAGACAUUGACUCUGGGAGGAACAUCUUCAUCGUUGGCUUUACCAUGUUCAUGGCACUGCUGGUGCCACGGUGGCUCAGCGUGUCUCCAGCUCGCCUGGUCACAGGCUGGGUUCCCUUGGACCUCCUCUUCCUCUCCCUGCUUGUGAUGCCUGUCUUUUUAACUGGCUUCUUGUCCUUCUUUCUGGAGAACACAGUCUCAGGCACUCUGGAGGAGAGAGGUCUGCCUGCUGACAGGGUGCAGCGGAAACCUGGGACCAGUUCUGGUCAGCCCAGGAGAGAGGGGAGCAAAGCCAGCACUGUAUAUGGGCUCCCCACCAGGCUGAGGAGGCUGCUCCCCUCUUCCUGCAAAGCCUUCCCCUGCUGCUUCCUCUGCCCGGGAAGUGAGGAUGAAAAGGAGGAAGAGGAGGAUGGUGGCCGUGUAGCUGAGGAGGGGAUGGCUGCUGCAGGGGAAGGGACACACCUGCUCCUGAAGCCUGGCACGGGGGAGAUGCAGGCCGACAGGCAGCCAAGCCAAGCAGAGAUUCUUGCAUGGCACACAGGAGCCUGA